CUCUUUUUCUUCACCAUGAAGCUGUUUGCGACUCUUGCUCUCCUCCUCGUCUCUGCUGCUGCUGCUGCAGUCCCAGCCAAGCGCCAGGCGCCCGGCAUUGGACAGGACGGCUGCAACGCUGCCAAGUGGGGUCCUCUGCUUGUUGGCAAGAAGAUCAUCCUCCCUAACAAGUGUGUCCACGGCACCCACAACAACGUCUUCUAUGCCAAGGGGCUCCCUGAGGGGACCCGCAUCAUCCCCCCUGGCACUCCUGUUACCGCAGACUACCGCUUCAACCGCCUCAAUCUAGAGGUCACCAGCGACUAUAUUGGUACCAAGGUGUGGUGCGGCUAAACAUCUUUGCGGCGCCUACAUAGCUUCCCAAGUCGAGGUUUUGAUAG